AUGGAUUCCAUGAUAAACAUCCCUUCGCCAUUUUCCUGGUUUUCAUCAAUAGGGAAGACGAAUGACAGGUCACCAAGCAUCGACAUCGAACCCAUUCAAACCCAUGAUAUCGAAGCUGCAGAAGAAAAACCCGGCAGACGUCUAAGACAGCUUCUGAAAUUAAACCACCUUCUCUCUACUGCGUAUUUGUUCGGCGGAAGCCCGGAUCAUCUGGAUCGGUUAUAUGAUCUGGAAUCCAAAGAGCUGGAGCCCUGGUCAGACUCUCCGGGUGAGAUCGGCCAGGUCGAAGAUUGGAGAUCAGCUCUGGGGAAGAGAGAGUCUCAGAGAGCUUAUUUGGAUUUCUUUGAGGAUGAAUUGACACAAUUAGGAUAUGACUGGAAUGCAGUAGUGACAAAGUACCUUUUCUCAGAUGAUAAACCUCUAAUAAACUCUUUGAUUUCCGGCUUCGGCCACCCACUCAUACAUCUUGGGUAUGCAUUCGAAAUGUCAAGCAGAGAAAUUGCUAUGGAAUCUCUUGCAAUGAUCUCAUGCUGCUAUGAUGACGUUCAUAAGUUCUUUGACGACCAGUCGGACAUUCAGAUAAACAUGACUCCACGAUAUACCACUAAUUCGCCUUUUGAAGUCAUACAAAAAAUUCAUGGCGAUAGAAGGUUUGAUGGAAUGUUUGCAACUCCAGGAGGUGAUAAUGUUGAAGUGCUAUUCAAAACACAGCAAACUUUGAUUCUAGAGCACUGGAUGGCGUGGGAUCCCAAAGAGACAGGCCUAACAGAACAAUUGCGCACGAUACAACGUCUUGCUGCAACACUGAUGGCGACUCGCCAUGCUGGAAAACAGCAUGAUUUCUUCUUCGACCACCUUUUAACGACCACACAUGCGUUGCGAGUUAUCAUCCCUAUGAUGCCUACGAAGUUUCACGAGUCUCUACUUCGCCAGUGGUUUUUAUUGGCUUUGACUGUUUACAUUGCCCAAUUGCGUCCAAAAAUAGAAAUAAACGACAUAGGGUGUUACAAUCGUGAAGGAAAGGAUUGGGACUGGGUAGACAAGCAGGCUCUUACCAACGAAAUGGCGGUUUCACCUCAUUAUAUCAAACCUCUUCGAACUCUCAAGGAAGCUGCUAAAACCUGGGGAGAUGAUGACGAGUUUUUCCUUCGGGCCGCGGUAAAAUUUGUUGAUACAUUUGAUGGCUUUGGUGGCUUUGGAUGA